AUUUGAGUGUAUCCACCUCAGAGCCCUGAACAUCUCCUGGUGGAAUCGGGAACUGUUGCCACUGGUCGAGGCCAAUGCUGGAGCGCUCGAGAACCUGGUCCUCAAGGGCUCGACCUCACCAUCGCCGAUGCGGGCCAUGACCCUGCCCAGCCUUGACUACGAUUUGUUCAUGAGAAUGACCUCGACUCUCGAGGAAUUGCAGCUCUCCCAUUGGACCCUGUCUGGCCGUCAAUUCGUCAAAUUCUUGCGCGCGUGCAAGAGACUGAGCCAUCUGGUCUUUGUGGCGAUCGAAUGGACUGAUCCUGCACUCGUAGAUCCUCAAUAUCAUCUCCAGGCGGUCCAAGGGUUGACAGAUCUUCAAUUGGACAUCAGCGUAUCUAAGAAGGAUGCCUUUGUGGAUCUAAUUCGAUCCUGCCCCGAUCUGAAACGCUUCUCACUCUAUUCCGAGAGCGCUGACGAUGCACGAACGCUGAUCCCGGUCCUGCGAGAGAGCUGUCCCAAGCUCAUGGCCAUCGAGUACGUGGCACGAUUCAGCUCGGCUCUAAACGGGUAUGACCUGCUCUCAGAUACAGAGUACUCGGACCUGGUGCUCUGCUCCGGCCGGAUAGAAUCGCUCAAAGUCGAUAUUCCCUGUCUAGACAACGCCAUGACCAAGGCGCUCAUCACACAGUCCUCAACCUUAACCUCGCUCACAUUGAGCUUCAUCAGCCUUCGGAGUGUGCCCAUGAUCGAUGCUGAGAACAUCUGUCUAAUCUUGAGGCACUGCAUUCGUCUCCGAAACCUAUCGCUCUUGUUCAAUCCACAUUCGCUCGGCAAGAAUGAGACGUUGAGGAUAUUUGACCAGCCCUGGUCGUGCGUAGAGCUUGAAACCUUGGAGUUGACAGAUGUCAGCAUGGCGAUGGAGCACGGAUCGCCCUCAAACGAUCCUCAGCCGCCACCACUGCAGCUCCAGCCAUACCAAUGGAGACUAGGUUCAGCACCACAACUGAUUCCUAUCGACGGAAAUAGAGUAAUCCGAUACGGAUCGAUGACAAAACAAAAGCUCUUUCAACAGGUUCGCAUGCUGCCAAAGCUGACGAGGUUGAGCCUGAACCAUAUUACGUACUCGGUGGAUGGGUUUGGGAGCAGUUCUGGUUGAGAGUGAAGGACCCCAGAUCUUCCCAGGGAUGCUCAGGAUAACAAAAGAAUGCAUAGUCAUCAUAUAAGAGGCGG